AGAGCCCAAAGUUCACGCCUCGGAGUCGCAGAGACCCGGGACGGCUCCGCGUCCACGCGGGGACCGCGUUGGGGUUGAAUAGGAACCGGCCAGCCUCGGUCGAGAGCUGGCGGCUCCCGGGGAGAAGGGGGUCUUUCUGCAGGACACUCCCUGAGUACACUCAGCCAUGCCUGAGGGAGCCCGUGGACUGAGCCUGUCCAGACCCAGCCCCAGCCUUGGGUGUGGCCGCGGAGGUGAAGUGUGUGACUGUUCAGCUGUGUGUGAGACUCAGGCAGCUGCCCCUGCAGCCUCCUCCAUGGCCUCCCCCCGAGGUUCUGGAAGCUCCACAUCCCUGAGCACAGUGGGCUCUGAGGGGGAUCCAGCCCCAGGGCCCACCCCAGCCUGCUCAGCCUCCAGGCCAGAGCCCUUGCCAGGGCCCCCCAUCCGCCUGCAUCUGUCACCUGUGGGGACUGCGGGUUCCACAAAACCCUCGCGUCUGGAGCGCGUGGCCCGGGAGAUUGUGGAGACAGAGCGGGCCUAUGUCCGGGAUCUCCGUAGCAUCGUAGAGGACUACCUGGGCCCUUUGCUGGACGGCGGGGCCCUGGGGCUGACCGUGGAGCAGGUGGGCACGCUGUUCGCCAACAUUGAGGACAUCUACGAGUUCAGCAGUGAGCUCCUGGAGGACCUGGAAGGCAGCAGCAGCGCAGGGGGCAUUGCCGCGUGCUUUGUGCAGAGGAGCGAGGAUUUUGACAUCUACACGCUGUACUGCAUGAACUACCCAAGCUCCCUGGCCCUGCUGCGGGAGCUGUCACUGUCUCCGCCAGCGGCCCUGUGGCUGCAGGAGCGCCAGGCCCAGCUUUGCCACUCGCUGCCCCUGCAGAGCUUCCUGCUGAAACCUGUUCAGCGCAUCCUCAAGUACCACUUGCUGCUGCAGGAGCUAGGCAAGCACUGGGCAGAAGGUCCGGGCGCUGGGGGCCGUGAGAUGGUGGAGGAGGCUAUCGUGUCCAUGACCGCAGUGGCCUGGUACAUCAACGACAUGAAGCGCAAGCAGGAGCAUGCCGCACGCCUCCAGGAAGUGCAGCAGCGCCUGAGUGGCUGGACUGGCCCGGAGCUCAGCGCUUUUGGGGAGCUGGUGCUGGAGGGCGCGUUCCGAGGCGGCGGCCCCCGGCUGCGCGGGGGUGAGCGGCUGCUCUUCCUGUUCUCGCGGAUGCUGCUCGUGACCAAGUGCCGGGGGCCAGAAUACACCUACAAGGGGCACAUCUUCUGCUGCAACUUGAGUGUGAGUGAGAGUCCUCGUGACCCUCUAGGGUUCAAGGUGUCCGAUUUGACCAUUCCCAAGCACCGGCACCUGUUCCAGGCCAAGAACCAAGAAGAGAAGAGGCUGUGGAUUCACUGUCUCCAGCGCCUCUUCUUUGAGAACCACCCCGCCUCCAUCCCCGCCAAGGCCAAACAAGUUCUCCUUGAAAACAGCCUGCACUGUGCUCCCAAAAGUAAGCCUGUCCCAGAGCCCCUGACACCCCCACUUGGAUCUCCCCAACCUCGGGAUACUAGAAGUUUCACCCCUGGACGAAGGAAUACAGCUCCAUCUCCAGGACUCUCCAUGACCCGCCGAAGCCGCAGACAGUCUGAGCCGGCGAAGGACCCUUAUGUCAUGUUUCCACAGAAUGCUAAGCCUAGACUCAAGCAUGCUGGCAGUGAGGGGGAGCUGUACCCUCCCUCAGAGGCUCAGCCACCAGUUCCAGCUUCUGGACCCUCUGAGGACCUGGAGGACGCCGGAGCCCCUACCCUGGAGCCCUCUGGGAGCUCAAUCACUGAAGAAAUCCUGGAACUGCUGAACCAGAGAGGCCUCCGGGACCCAGGGUGCCCACUGCGGCCGUCCCCCCCCGACACUCCUGCGUCCCCCGGAGGCUCCCAGAUGCCAGUGGACGACGAACCCCUCAUGUUGCAAGCCCUGCCCAGCCGGGACUCUUCAGAAGAGGAGGGGGAGGAGGAGGAAGAGCUGGAGACGGAUGAACGAGGGCCUUCUCCACUCCACGUCCUAGAGGGACUUGAAAGUUCCAGUGCAGCUGACAUUCCUGACAUUCCCAGCCUUACCAAAGUUCCUGACAUACCCAGUCUCCCUGAAAUGCCCAGCCUUUCUGAAAUUCCCGAAACUCCCCUCCUUCCCAGUCUCUCUGACAUUUCCAGUGUUUUUGAAAUGCCCUGCCUUCCAGCCAUACCUAGUGUCCCCGACAUCCCCAGUCUUUCUAGCACUCCUGCCCUUCCCUGUGACUCCUGGCUCCAGGGGCCCCUGCAGAAGCUGGAUGAGGCUCUCACUGCCAGGACAGAACUAUUCCCUGGAAGCAGUCCUGGAAAGCUGGGAAACCCUCCUUCAGGAAGUGGGCCAGGACAGGAAGAGGAUGAAGAAGGGGUACCAUUCCCAGAUUUCCAGCCCCAGGAUGCCACCCAAGAUCAGGGAUUCCCGGAUGAGCUGGAAUUCCGUUCUUGUUCAGAAAUCCGGAGCGCCUGGAGGGCGUUGGAGCAGGGGCAGCUGGCCCGGCCAGGUUUCCCAGAGCCCCUGCUGAUCCUGGAAGAUUCAGAUCUGGGUGGAGGCAGCGGGAGUGGGAAGGCAGGAGUCCCGAGGUCGGAGAGGGCAGCUUCCCGGGUCCGAGAGUUGGCCCGGCUUUACAGCGAGCGGAUCCAGCAGAUGCAGCGGGCUGAGACACGGGCAUGUGCCAACGCCCCCCGCCGCCGACCACGGGUUCUGGCCCAACCCCAGCUGUCCCCCUGCCUGCCCCAGGAGCAGGCUGAGCCAGGGCCCCUGCCUGCUUUUGGACACGUGCUGGUUUGCGAGCUGGCCUUCCCACUGACCUGUGCCCAGGAAUCUGUUUCCCUGGGCCCUACUGCCUGGGUUCAAGCUGCCACACCCUUGUCAAGGCAGGGAGACUGCCUCGAUGGCCAGGGUCUAAAUGUUUCACAUUUGCCUGAGCAAGACCAUCCAGGCAUCCAGGUUCCAGCUACCACCCCUGUGCCCGAGCAAGGAGGCCUCCGGGUUCCAGCCACCACACCUUUACUCAAGCAGGAAGGGCCCUCAGGCAUCCAGGUUUCGGCUGUUAUAACUUUGCCCGAUCAAGAAGACCACCUAGAAACCCAAGUUCCAGCUAGCACUUCUUGGCUGGAGCAAAGAGGCCACCUAUACAUACAGGUUCCAUCCACCACUUUUUUUCCUAAGCAAGGACACCACGUGGACAUCCAAGUUCCACCCACCUCAGCUUUGCCCAAGCAGGGAAGUUGUUCUGAUGUCACGGUUCCAGCCACCACUCCUGUGCCCAGGGAAGGUCACCUAGACAGCCAGAGCCCGGCCAACACCCCAUUAACCAAGCAAGGAGGUUCCAGGGAUGCUGCAGUCCCAGACACUGCCUGGGUCCAAGCCAUCAGUCCUUUGCUUAUACCUGGAGGCCACCUGGACCAUCAGAUCCCAGCCAGCACCCCCUUGCCCUUGUCACCUGGCCUCUCAGACAGGCAGGCGCCAGCUGCCGCACCUUUGCCUACACGUGGAAGCCCCCAGGACCACCAGAUCCCAGCCAAGUCUCCAUUCUCUUUGCCACAAGACCUCCCAGACGCUCAGGUGCCCCAGCCACAAGGCCUCACAGACAUCCGGGUCGAAGCCCUGACAGCUCUGCCUGAGCAGGGAAGCCUCCCAGACACCCAGGGCCCAGCUGCUGCCCUUUUGCUCAAGCAGCAAAGCCUCAAAGACAUCCAGGGCCCAAAACUCAAACCCUUGUCAGAGCAGAGAAGCCCCACGGACGGCCAUGUUCCUGCUGCCGCACCUCUGCCUGAGCAAGGAAGCUCUCAGGACAUUCAGGGCCUGCCAGCCACCCUGGCUCAGGCCACCAUGGUUCUGUCCAAGCCAGAAGGCCACUUGGUGUCUCAUACUACCAAGCCAGAGUCUUUGGACUUGACGCCACCGCAGAGCCCCCCACUCCCCACCCGUCAGCUCCUGGGCCCUAAUGCAGCUGCCCUCUCGAGAUAUCUGGCAGCUUCGUACAUCAGCCAGAGCCUGGCACGGCGGCAGGGGCCUGGGGGAGAGGGCACCUCAGCCUCCCGGGGCCUCUGGUCCUCCUCUGCCCCCACAUCACGGGCACCUUCACCACCACCCCAGCCCCAGCUCCCUCCGCCCCCAGCCAGGAGGCUGAGCUAUGCCACCACAGUCAGCAUCCAUGUGGGAGGUGGUGGGCGGCUGCGGCCAGCCAAGGCCCAGGUCAGGUUGAACCACCCUGCUCUCUGCCCCCACCCAGGAAUCUGUGGGUCCUCGCAGAGCCCAGGGGGCUCCCGAUACCCCUUUCCACACAUGAGCCAGGACGUCAGGCUUCCCGAAAAGAAAGGACUUCAAUCGGAUGCCACAGACCCCCAAACUUCACCUGGAAGUCCAGACACUGAAUGCAGGUCCAAAAAUUGCUGCCAUUUUCCAACUCCAGGGAUCUGCUUUGGUGAAUGGCCCUUUACCUUGACAUUCAACAGGGAUGGAGAAGGGGAUGUAACUAUUAUUUUGUUAAGGUUAUAAAAUUAUAACUUACCAUUCUGGAGGCAGUGGGGGAUGACAGAAGACUUAACAAACAGGGAAGCCUGAAAUAGAACAUUUGGCAAAUCUCAACCCCCUUUGAAAAUUAUUGGAAACUGGACCCACUACAAGUUGGUGUCUCAUUUCAGGGAGUUUAUGAACCUCUUGGUGCCCAUCCAGGAACCCCAAGUUAGGAAGCCUUAUUCCAAGCAGGCUGACUAGGAAUUCAGUUCCUUAGCUCUUGCCCAGUUCAUGUGUCCAACCAUGCAUCCACCUUCUCUACAUCUACCUGCAACCUACUCUCCAUCUAUCCAUCUGGCCAUCUCUCCACCAUUACUUUCCCUCCCUAUCCAUCUUCCAGUCCAUCAUCCCACCCAUUUACCUUGUUUAUCCAACCAUCUCUAUCCUGUCCAUCCUCCUACCCUCCCAAUCUAGCAUCCAUUCCUCCAAUAUCCCACCCAUCCAACCCUCUCCAUCCAUCUCUUUAUAUUUAUCUCUGUCCAUUCAUCCAUCCGUCUCAUCCACCCAACCAUCCUCAAUCCAGCAACCUAGCCAACCAUCAUCUCUCUACCUCCACCCAUCCAUUCAUUUUAACAUCUCUCCAACCACCCCUCCUUAAUUGGGUUCCAGGAAGUCUUGGUACAAGAGUUUGCUGAUAGAGAAGUCUGUUCCACAUCUGUCCAAUUUCCCUUGGCAACCUUUAUGAACAUCCCAAUUCUUGUACCCACCCACGUCAGAUCCCCUAGUUCCUCUUCAGUUUGGGACCUUCUACAAUGCCUUAACAUGCUCACCCCGUCUCCCCCCAAGAAGGUUCAAGUCACAGAGACAAAGAGCUUUUACAUUAGCAUCCUUCUGCCCCUUCCCAAAAGCAGGAUAUGCAAAGAAGCAUAACUAGCUUCUUUGGUAGUAGUAUUGACUUCCUUCAUUGAACACUCAACCCCUGCGCUUUAGCAGUCUCAGUCUUCCCUGGAUUUCUGUGAGGCAUCGUAGCAUCCUGGCUAAAAGAGUAUAUUCCAGUUGAGUUCAAGCUUUUCCACUUAACUUGGUGUGACUCCGCCUCUUAGCCUCGAUUUUCUCAUCUGUAAAAUGAGGACAAACAGUACCUGCCUCAUGGGAUCGCUGUGAAGAUUCAGAGCCUCCCAAAUGGGUCUGAACCUCUGGCUCACCAGGGCACUUAUUAAAAUCAUAGAUCCCCAGGAUCUAGCCCCAACCUACUGAAUCAGAACCUUCAGGGCAGGGGCCUUAGGGAUUUGAAUUUAACAAUCAAUUUUUUUAAAUGGCGAAAAAGCUGAGAUUUAUUAACUGUAUGCCACAGGCUUUACAGUCACUUUACAUGAACUAAUUCACUUUUAAUCCUCAUGACAUGGAGCGAGGAUGGUUUUUAAUCCCCCCCUAGGGAUGAGAAAACAGGUACAGAGUUGCCCAGUUACUAAAAACCGUCAAAGCAGGGACUUGAACCUGAUCUGGCUCCAGAACCUUUGCUCGGAUUUGCUGAGUGCCUGUCCUGGGCCAAGUGCUGCUCUUGUACUAGGGGCACAGCAGGGCAUGUGUCCCUGCCUGUGUUCGGCUUACAGCCUAGUGCUCCAAGGGCCCCAGGAUAUUCUGAUAAUUAGUUGAAUAAAGUAGCCAGCACAAGACCUGGCUCAACGAA